UUAGGAGGCUGUAAACAUUUAUUUCUUGCGUGAGAAACCCCUUUUUCGAGAAUUCCCGAAAUUCAAGGAAUUCCCGCAAAUCCCGCGGGAAUUCUCAGUGUUUAUUUUCAUUUUCCAAAAAUCAAAAUAUUGUGAGAAAAAAUUGUUGAAUUUCCUCCCAUUUUCAUUGUUUUUCACAGUUGAUUUGCAAAUAUAAUCGAUAAAAUCGAGUUAAUUAAACAUUUUAACUUAAGGAUAAGUAAAAUUUAGUUCAGGAGCCACGAAUUUAGCCUUUUUUGGCAAGUUUUUGGGGAGCUCUGUUCCCCCAAAGAAUCUUUAGAAAGUGAAAGGAGUGAAAAUGCCUGAAGUUAAAUUGGAGCUUUUCACGCUGAAGCAGCGAGUUUUCCUGGUGAAGCAUUUUUACCAGAGUUUGGGGGAUUGUAGGCUGGUCAAGAGUGACUAUGAAGCAUUCUACGGAGCUUCUCAAACGUCCAGAGGGUCCAGAGACUUCCAGAUCUCUGAAGGAACAAUCACAGCACUCAUUGAUCUCUUUGAGAAUACAGGAAGUGUUCUGAAGACCUUCCAGGCGUCUCAGGGUUCCCAAGAAAAUGAUCAAAGGUGGAUGAGAAAUGAAAAUCCAGAGCCUGCAGAAAUGCAAGAAGAGGAGAUGAUUGAAGGUAAGGCAGCUUCUGAAGAUUACGAAGAUCCUCUGGAGGAUUUAGACAGUUUUGGUCAGAAGGAAAAUGAGGAAAUUGAGGAAGAAUCAGAGAAUCAGGAUGUGAAGGAAUGCUUCAAGUUGCCCAUAAUAAAGCAAGAAAUAGAUUUUUAUGAUGAAAUUCAAGAAAAUGAUGACGAAGACUCCCAAAUUGAAGGUCAGUCCUUUACUGACGAUAAUCCAGAAGUUAUCCCAAAGCUGGAGACUGAUAUUGAUGAACAGACGACUGCUGAGGAGAAUGUUGAAUACAGAGAUGAUAACACGCAGGAAGUUCCGGAAGCAGAUGAGAGCGGUAAGCAAACCUGCCCAACUUGCGAGAAGAAGUGCAAAACCCUAAAAGGACACAAAUGCUUCCUCCUCGCGUGCAUCUACUGCCGCAUGAAGUUCCCCCGGAAGAAUCUCCAGAAUCACAUGAAUCGCAAUCAUCGCAACAAGAAACUCUUCAAAUGCGAAUUCUGCGAGAAGUUCUUCCUGCGUCGGGAUGACUUGGAGAGCCAUCGACGGACGCAUACGAAGGAAAAGCCCUACGCGUGUCGCGUUGAAGGAUGCUCAGAACGAUUCCAGUGGCGUCAAGCUCUCCGGAGGCAUAAGAUGACAGCUCACAUCCGUGAGAGCAAUGGGGUGUUCAAUUGCACCUUUUGCCCGGCUACCUAUCACAUCCGGGAGCAUCUUGUGAUGCACAUAAAACGCUGGCAUGAUCUCAGGGUAAACAAUUCUUCUUUAGAAGCUACAAUCGCUCAUCCGGAGAGUGAAGAAUCUCAGCCAAAGGAGCAGAAGAAGAGAAUAAAAGCCUGCCCACAUUGCCACGAAUCCUACUCUAGCUCUACGGAACACAAAUGCUUACAAGGCAUGGCAGGUGCGGGUUUAAAUGAAGAGGAACGACUCCUCCGUAGCAAGGAUAGACCAUUUGUUUGUAGCUUUAGGGGAUGUGGGAAAGCAUUUUGUUGGAAUCAGUCGCUGCGAAGGCAUCAGCACACCCAUAGAAAUGAUGGGAAUAGGUUUAAAUGUGAAUUUUGUCACUACUUCAGUUACAGCAAAGAAUUGCUGGAGAGGCACCUGGCUAAAAUUCACAAAAUGCCCUGGAAUGGGGCACCAGCGAUGUAUCCCAGUACAUCUAGAGAGCUUCAGGGAUUUUCAGGAGAAGAAUUACAAGAAAGCAGAGGAGAUGCUCAGGAAAUAAAUUUUUCAACAAUUCGUGAUAUGAACGCCUGGGAAUUCCAAUUGAGUGGGAAUCAGAGAAAUGAGCACACUGAACUCAUUACAUGCGAAUACUGCCAGGAAAAUUUCUCUAAAGGUGAAUUUCUGCAGCACGUUGAAAUGGAGCACAGAAGACGAAUGAAGCACAUUUGUCGGGUGUGCGGGAAGGAAUUCAGGAGGUUACAGAAUCUCCAAAAUCACCAAAAGGAGCACAUUCAGCAGGAGAAUCAUCAAAAAGCCCAAAAAGGACUCAAAGAGAAGCAGAAAAUCUUCACCUGUCGUACCUGUGGCAAAACAUGUGCCCGGAAGUACGAUCUGAAGAGUCAUGAGAAGGUACACACGGAUGAAAGGCCGUAUGUGUGUCAAAUUGAUGCGUGCCAAAAGAGUUUUGCUUGGCUUCAAUCGCUACGGAGGCAUGAGAGGCUCCACGAAAGAAUCCAUGAGAAGAAGAAAUCAUUAUUUUUGUGUAGAAUCUGUGAUUCAUACUUCAUCUCACGCGUGUCUCUGUUAUCGCAUAAUGCGGCGAAUCAUACUUAAAUGCAGGCAAGAUCUUUAGCAGCAGAAAGACAAUUCGAUGAUGGAGGAAAUUCCAAAGUUCUUAUAUCUUUGAAAGUAGCUUUCUUAAAGAGGAAUUAGCAACAAAAUACAAUAAUAAUAAUUAUUAUAUUAGUGCAAUAAUAUCAAAUAUCGUUGUAGAAUCUUCAAUGUGUAAAUUAUGUUCCAUAUAAAGGUUUUGGAACAAAUCAAUGUUAUUUUAAAAUGUACAAAAUAUCUUCUUUUAUUUUGAUUCAAUAAAAAAUAUUUAUUUAUUAAA